AUGCCUCACACGAACGUGUUCACCGACUUCGAAGAGGAAGUGAUGUUCGCGGGCCGCAACUCGGAAACCGUUGUUCGAAAACUGCAAGAGAUCACCUUCGAAGACUUUGAAGAUCUGUCACAGUACCGUUUCUUUCAAAAUUUUAUUCUUUCACUUCCCGGAAAACCGACCUUUUCUGCGACGGAACGAUUUCGUCGCCUCAAGCAUUUCGCCAAGGCCAAAGUCGUUGUUUACAAGCUCAGAGCAGAGGUCAAGAUAGCUGCCGACUGGGAAGAACGUCGAGUCGUGGUGACACCAAGUGGGUCUCCCAUCAAGCCAGAAGGCAAGGAGGAACAAGGUCAUGGAGGAACGAGGUCAUGGAGUUAG